CUGCCAUGUGUGUCAGUGUACAGGGUGAUUUUUUACAGGAUCAGGGUUAUUACAAAAAAUAUCAAUUUUCUUGCAGUUGAUGUGUUUUCUGGCACCCCCAUUGCUCUUUACUUUUUGCCCUGUAUAGAAAAUCACUGGUUAAUUGAUGGUCGCGUAGGACAGGUACUGCGUAGGACAUAGGUAGCUACUUUAGUAACAUAAAGCUACAUAUACCUACCUGCUGCUAAGUGCAAAAUAAGUGUUAUUUUGAAAUGCUGCUCCAAAAAUUGCAAGAUUUUUUCUCUGAAUUUUUGUAUGCAUACUUAAACAUCUCUAGCAGUGGCAGUGCUGCACAGUGCACCAGCACUGUAAUUCAGUACCUGCCUAUGUAUUGGCCCACAUUGGUCCAUGCAAUAUGUUCAUGGCUCCACAGAAGUAUGCACAGACAGCUGAUUCUGGUGAGAUGCAGCACCCUGAACAGACUCCAGCUGCCAACACAGGACCCAUGGCUGGGGAGGAGGAAGAUACAGCCUAUAUUGGGUUUGAUUUCAGCACUCAACAGCUGAAGGCUUUAGCUAUUGAUUGCCACCUGAAAGUGAUCUGUGAGGCCUCAGUUAUGUUUGACAGGGAGCUUCCUGAAUUCAGGACGCACGGCGGUGUGAACGCCGGCGCCGACGGGCUGACGUUCACUGCGCCCGCCAUCAUGUGGGUCAAGGCGCUCGACAUGCUGAUGGACAAGCUGCGCGUGGCCGGACUGGACUUUGCCCGUGUGGCCGCCCUCUCCGGCGCCGGCCAGCAGCACGGCUGCGUGCUGUGGCGCGCCGGAGCCGAGGCCACGCUCGGCUCCCUGGAGCCGGACCAGUUUCUGCACCAGCAGCUGGAGUCGGCGUUCAGUGUGCGUAACUCACCCAUCUGGAUGGACUCGAGCACCACAGCGCAGUGCCGCGCGCUGGAGCAGUACGUCGGCGGACCGCAGAAACUGGCUGAUAUCACUGGCUCGCGGGCUUACGAGCGUUUCACCGGUAAUCAGAUCGCCAAGAUCCAUCAGCAGAGCCCGGAGGCCUAUAAAAAUACCGAGCGUAUCUCUCUGGUGAGCAGUUUCGGGGCUUCGCUGUUCCUCUGCAAGUACGCCGGCAUAGACCUGUCGGAUGGCUCCGGGAUGAACCUGCUGGAUAUCGGCAAACACGCCUGGGACCAGCACUGUCUGGACGCGUGCGCGCCGGGCCUGGGCAGCCGGCUGGGCGCGCCGGUGCCGGACGCCGGCCGCCUGCUCGGCCCCAUUGGCGAGUUCUGGGCGGAGCGGUACGGGUUCCGACCCGACUGCGGCGUGGUGGCCUUCACUGGCGACAAUCCGGCGUCGCUGGCCGGCCUGCGGCUGCGGCCCGGCGACCUGGCGCUCAGCCUGGGCACCUCGGACACGGUGUUCGCCUGUCUGGAGCGGCCGCGGCCCGCGCUCACCGGGCACGUGUUUGUCAGCCCCACUGACGCCGACAAGUACAUGGCGCUGCUUUGCUUCAAGAACGGCUCUCUGACGCGGCAGAAGUACCGGGAUCAGUGCGCUGGCGGAUCGUGGGACACGUUCAACCAGCUUCUGUCCACCGCACCGCCGGGAAACCUGGGCAGCAUCGGUGUGUACUGGCUGGAGCAGGAGAUCACGCCGCACGGCUCCGGUGUCCACCGUCGUGAUGCCAGCGGCGCCGCGGUGGAGGCGUUUGACAAACACACCGAGGUGCGCGCCGUCGUCGAGGGCCAGCUGAUGGCCAAACGCGUACACGCCGAGAGCCUGGGCUUCCAGCUCGGUGAGGAGAGUCGCGUGCUGGUGACCGGCGGCGCCUCGCGGAACCCGGCGCUCCGGCAGGUGGUGGCCGACGUCUUCAACGCCCCGGUCUACACGCACGACGUGGCCAACUCGGCGUGUCUGGGUGCGGCGUACCUGGCGCGGCUGGGCCGCUGCCGCUCGGCCGCCGCCGCCGCAGGGGACACCGACGCCGUCACCUUUGACACGGUCACCGCUGCUGCCGAGCCGUUCCAUCUGGCCUGUCAGCCCCGACCGGACGCCCAGCAGGUGUACGGGCCGCUGCUGGAGCGAUACCGGGCGCUGGAGGCUGAGCUGGUGGCCGAGCAGUGACCGGUCAGCGGUCAGCGGUCACCGGAGCUGCACAGGUCACCGGUCAGCGGCCACCGGAGCUGCACAGGUCACCGGUCAGCGGCCACCGGAGCUGCACAGGUCACCGGUCAGCGGCCACCGGAGCUGCACAGGUCACCGGUCAGCGGUCACCGGAGCUGCACAGGUCACCGGUCAGUCGUCUGUGCGGGCCGCCGGGGUGACGUACCGUCUAGAACGGCCGCCGCUCGGCCAGCUUUAUCGCGGUGGGGACCAGUUUAGGGGUUUUGGGGGUAAAGUAGUGGGAGUGUUUGAAGGGCAAUGUUUCAUGCCGAGGUGAUCUCGGGUGAUUUUGGACUAGGGUUUGGUGCGUGCUGUGCGGUGUUUUCUCGACGCGGUGUUUUAGCCAGUGUCUACUUACUAGCGGCGGCCAGUUUGGUCUGACACCCUGCACAAAGCACUGCUCUCAGCUGGGCACCGGGCACCCGUUGUUCCGCGGUCGGUAAAAGGCCGGGACGUCCGCCGCUCCGUAUCCGGUCGGUACCGGGCACCGUGCACCCUGAGCUUAGUUACCGAGGCGCCGUUUUGCUGGAACGGACGGCAGCCGUAGAUGUUGACGGGGCGUGUGACCAGCGCUGUGACUCACUGUGCUGGAUCGUCGACACAGCAGUUAGGCCACCCACGGCUGGUUUAUGGGAACAGUAACGCAAUAACGAAUUGGCUGCUUUUGACAGCUUCAACGAGCGACUGCAGGACACAUUAUUUAAUUUAUUGGUGUAAUACGUUGUUGAGGCUGCCUUCAGUAUUUGUGCGAUAUUGAUAGGGCAAUAUUCCGCCUCCGGUGCGCAGGGUAAUGGUUUUUGAAACCGACGCCUGCUCCUUGUUGAUGUUGCUUGUUAACGGACCAAAUCAAACUGAAGCUUGUUUUAUUAAGCUUAAAGCAGAUAAUGUUACGAUGUUUCUAAAGAGGUGCCUUUGCAUGACGCUUGUUAAAGGGAAGGCAUAUUAUGUGGAUGUGCUUGUUACGGGUUAGCAGGACAGUAUUUACUUAAGAAGUGGCUCAAUCACGCCACUACAGCACUCACGCUUUUCGUAGGACUGUCGAGCUAAUAUAGUUUUUUAUCUCUGCUU